CUCCUCAACCUGUUUUAAGCUAGGGCAGCAGCCAUGGGUGUCAAGGGUGGUGGUGUAGUGUGGUGUCUCCUGCUCGCCGGGCUCCUUCUCCUGGCCGUGGCCUCCGCGGCGGAGCGGGACACGGAGGAGGAGAUCCGGUGGUGCAAGGAGGACUGCGAAUGGAAGGCGGGGCAGGACACCGGGAAGGCCAGGGAGUGCAAGGAGCAGUGCGAGCGCCGCCGCCGCCACGGCCACGAGCCGCAGGACGAAGACGGCGGCAUCCCUGACCGCUGCAAGAGGGAGUGCGAGAGCCAUGAGGACAUGGAUAGCAAGCUGCGGUGCACGCUGGAAUGCUGGCGACAGCAAAAGCGGGAGGGCGACGACAGCUUCGACGAGGGCCGCAACGCCGACGGCAGGUGCGAGAGGAUGUGCCAGCACUACCACGACCGGUGGGAGAAAAAGCAGUGCAUGAAAGGCUGCAGAUAUGGCGAGUCCGGCCUCCUCGGCUCCGACGACGACGGCCACGAACACGGAGACCGCUGCCAAACACAGUGCAAGCGCUUCCGGCCCGGGUCAUACGACAGGCAGCAGUGCGUCGAAAAGUGCCAGUGCCAGCAGAAGGAGGACGAGGAUGCGAUGAACCACCACGGCGGCGGCGGCCAUGGCCACGGAGACCGCUGCCAAGCACAGUGCAAGCGCUUCCCGCACGGGUCAUACGACAGAUGGCAGUGCACUGAGAGGUGCCAAAGCCACCAGCAGGACGAGGAGGAGGUGAUGAACCACCACGGCGGCGGCGGCCAUGGCCACGGAGACCGCUGCCAGGCACAGUGCAAGCGCUUCCGGCCGGGUUCAUACGAUAGGUGGCAGUGCACCGAGAGGUGCCAGAGCCAUCAACAGGACGACGAGGAGGUGAUGAACCACCACGGUGGCGGUGGCCAUGGCCACGGAGACCGCUGCCAAGCACAGUGCAAGCGCUUCCCGCGCGGGUCGUACGACAGAUGGCAGUGCACCGAGAGGUGCCAGAGCCAUCAGCAGGACGAGGAGGAGGUGAUGAACCACCACGGCGGCGGUGGCCACGGCCACGGCGGGAGCAGCUGCGAGCAGAAAUGCCAGCAGCGAUACCACCAUGAGUACGAGAAGCAGCAGUGCGUGCGAGACUGCAAAAGCGGCGGUGGCGGCGGCCCCGGCGGGCGUGGCCGCGAGGGCGACGAGCGCCGGCACGACACGGCGAUGGUGGUCGAAGCCAUCCUCGAGGAGGUGUGACUGCUGGAUGGAAGUAGCCAGCUCUUUCCAGGAUCCUCGACCUCUUUACCGGUCCUGCAUCUUGCUAUGCGUACGUGGUAGGUGCAUGUGUGAACUAGAAUAAAUUGCGGUAACUAGAAGUGGCUCUCCAACCUUGGUGAGAGCCUAUGUACGAGGAAUCAAUCUGGAAAGUUAUGUGCUAUAUAUAACGAGGCUAUGAAAACUAAGAUGAUGAGUGAUAAAUAAAAUAACCAACGUUUCGAAA